UUUUAUUCAAAUCAGUACAAAAUAAAUUUUCAUUUUGUGUGCUUAUAGUUGCGUUCACGAAUUACUUAAUUUUUUUUUGUGUUGGUAUCCCAAAUCAGACGUUUUCGGCCAGCGACAUUUUUCUGUCGGCUGGUGAUCUUGACCGAAAAAAGCCCGUAAAUAACCGCCAAGAUGUUGGGUCGUGUCGUGCCGGCCGCCCCCCAGGUGAUCGCUGUGGUCAACCUACAGCAGAACAGGAAUAUGGCCACUUUGAAGUCAAUUUCCAUCCGUCUAAAGUCGGUCAAGAAUAUCCAAAAGAUCACCCAAUCCAUGAAGAUGGUGUCAGCUGCUAAGUAUACUCGAGCUGAGCGUGAUUUGAAAGCCGCUCGUCCGUACGGCGAGGGAGCCGUCCAGUUUUACGAGCGGGCUGAGGUGACACCGCCAGAGGAUGAUGUCAAGGAAUUGUACAUCGCCAUGACCUCUGACAGAGGUCUCUGCGGCGCCGUCCACACGGGCGUGUCCAAAGUGAUCCGCAACCGCCUCCAGGAGCCGGGAGCGGAGAACAUCAAGGUGAUCUGCGUGGGUGACAAGUCUCGCAGCAUCUUGCAACGGUUGUAUGGGAAACAUAUCAUCACUGUUGCUAAUGAGAUCGGCCGCCGCCCCCCCACUUUCUUGGACGCGGCGACGCUGGCCAACGCCGUGUUGACUUCGGACUACGAGUUCGGUUCCGGCAAGAUCAUUUACAACAAGUUUAAUUCUGUUGUCUCUUACUCGCAGUCGGACCUGCCUUUGUUCAGCCAGAAGUCUGUUGAGGCCGCACCGAAACUGGCAGUUUACGACUCGCUCGACUCCGACACGAUCCAAUCUUACAUGGAAUUCUCUUUGGCCUCCAUGUUAUUCUACGCUUUGAAAGAGGGCGCUUGCUCCGAACAAUCGGCCCGUAUGACGGCCAUGGACAACGCCUCCAAAAACGCGGGAGAGAUGAUUGAAAAGUUGACAUUGACGUUCAACAGGACACGUCAAGCCGUGAUCACCAGAGAGUUGAUUGAAAUCAUCUCUGGUGCCGCCGCUUUGGAUUAAAAAGUUAACGUUUUGGGACUGGCAGGUUCGAAUUUGAAAAAAGAAAUAUUGGCUGGAAAAUAUGGGAUUGCAUUAUUUAAGAAAAAAAAUGCAAAUUGAACUUGCUGGAUGGGAUUUUGAAAAAGGAAGUUCAUGUUCUUACUGUAAUCGGGGUAUAUCAUGUUAAGAAACAUCAAAAAUAUAGCCAUCUCCUUCGCUUAUUAUAACAGCAUGAAAGAGAUAACGUAUCAAAUACUGCCAGUUCAUACAUUUAUUGGAAAAACCUGUAUCUAUAAUAUUUAUUCCCUAGACUGCCGUUACUCUAUAGAUCUAAAUGUGCUUUGCCGACAUUCCCGGAAGAGUGUGCGUUUCUCAGUAAACACGCAUAUACUUACUGGCUUCAACACCUUUACUGGUUGAUGUACACUCGUUCGACAUUUCAGAAGUAUGGCUGCCUGUCGUGUAAUGUGGUGGUUUUAGUAAUAAAGUUUUCUUUAGACCA